AUGUUACUCGAACAUAUGAAUCGACAUUCGAAGAACUAUGUGUGCGACAUAUGUGGGUCGGGAUACGUCAACCGUUCCACAUUCAAUCUCCACUAUCAGAGUCACAAUAGAGGAUCGUUUGCCUGCAAACAUUGCUCCAAAGUAUUCGAAACUCAAAUGAAAAAAAGGUCUCACGAACUUGCAGUCCACGUGCAUCUGCAAAAGAAAUCCAAGUGCGGUUAUUGCGGCGAGAAAUUCAGUACGAGAAGAAAGAAAGAGAAACACAUAUCGUCCGCCCAUGGAGUCCACAUACAGGGUGUGAAGUGCCAAAUUUGUGGAAAAAUAUGUCCGACUCAAAGUGCCCUAACUAUCCACACGAAAAGAGAUCAUUUACAAGAACGUAGAUUCGCUUGUGAUUCAUGCGAUAUGAGAUUUUUUGGAAGUCAAGAAUUAAAACACCAUAUGUUGAAACACACUGGCGUUAGGGAAUUUCAGUGUGACGUCUGCAAGAAGUCGUUUGGUAAGAAAUGGACGCUCAGGGAACAUAUGCGCUUACACGCAGAUGACAGGCGAUAUAAAUGCCACUACUGUGCUAUGUCGUUUAUACAGAGAUGUAGCUUAGUUGGACAUUUGAAGUCGAAACAUAAUGGCAUCUAA